AUGUCAAAAAAAGUGGCAGUAGUUACCGGUGCCAAUAAAGGCAUAGGACUUGCGAUUGUGAGGGAGCUUUGCAAGGCAAAAUUUUCCAGGGAGGUUAUUCUUACUGCUCGAAAUGAGAAACUUGGAAAUGAGGCAGUGAAGAUGCUGAAGUCCGAAGGAUUUGAAGUUGCUUACCACCACCUUGAUAUCUGCGACCAGGGCAGCGCCAAGCAACUGAGUAACUUUCUGCAGAAGAGUUAUGGGGGUUUGGAUGUGCUCAUUAACAACGCUGGAAUGGCCUUUAAAAGUUCCGUACGGUAGCCUAUUCUACUAUUUUGGCGUCACUUGUCAUACAAUUGUUACUGUUUUAGCCGAUUGUAACAUUGAGGGGUUUCGUGUAGGUGUGUUUUGCACCGACUGGAAGUGGAUUGCGUUCGAUUUGGAACCGGGCUGCCUCCCGGGCAUGAGCCAGGUGCCCGCUCCGUCCGACCGCGAAGUCUGCUCAAAACAAAAGUGACUUCAUUAAGCACGUGUAGUAAUUAAUAGGAUUCUAUGUUUUUGCAUGCUGUGGUGUCGAGAAAACUAUGCUGAGAUGCUGUGAGAACAAGAAUUCCGCUGACACUGUACUUUGAUUAUAAAGGUUUAUUGUAUCAAAGUAUUCCAGCGUCAAUUUACAGAUAUCUGCCGAUAUCUGGAGAAUAACCGGCUCCAAUCUGUAAUAUGUUAUUCUCCCCGUCCUCUAUUUUAACCAUGGUAUUUAUCCUAUGCCCUAUGUAACAUAAUAUGGGUGUUUUCCCCUACAGACCAAUCCCAGGACUCCACCUAAUAGACUUCCUCGGCUUUAGGGUGCCCCUAUAGAACUACUCUCCAGAUGCUCCCUUAAUCUUAGUCAACAUCCUCUAAGACCAUUUGUAACCAUUAGCAAAGUCAUAAAUUCCUUAGAUACCACAUAUUUCCCCCCUUCGAGACUAACGAAGUCUCGAAACCAAAAAGAAUUGGUUUAUGACAAAUAACCAUUUUUCUCUUAUUGAGUAACUUUAACAAUAAACCAAAAACACAUUUUUCUAUGGAGUGUAAAUACAUUUCUAUGAAAUAUGAAAAAAUCUCUAUGGAGUGUGAGUAAAUUUCUAUGAAAUAUGAACAAAUCUUUAUGGAGUGUGAGAGCGAAAAACCUGUCUGGCAGCUUUCUUUCCAAAUAUCCAUCAAUCAAUCAAGACAGUAAAAUUCUCUCACGGCCCCUCUGCCCCAGGCAACCACCUAAGUACUCCAGAUCAAUUCAUGAAUCUUUAUCAAUGCAUUUUAAACUAUGAUGCAAUUAAAUACACAUGAAAGCCUCAGCAAACAAAAUACAAUCAAAAAUGUCCACAUUCAGGCUGGUCAACCCAUCGGACCCUCCUGUGGAUUCUCUCUAUCCCUGCCUAGACCCAAUAUCCCUAAGCAUCCACAAAAUAAACAAAAAGACCUGAGAUCCCCACAUGUACCCAAUAACAGCAAAUAUCAUUCUUCAAAAAUUAAUACAGAAAGAAUAUGACACAUUAUGUAUUACACAUGCAAAUAUGUCUAUAUAUCAUUGCAGACACUGGAAUGUAGUCCACUACACUGCAUCUCCUCAGCAGUGUCGACUUCCAAUGCAACUUCGAUGAUGGAAUCUGAACCUUUCCACACCUUCCUUGUUCCACUUCCUCCAGUCCCUUCAUAUUUUCCCUUCAUAUUGUCCCUUCAUAUUGUCCCUUCAUAUUGUCCCUGUUUGAGUAUUUGAAUCUCCUCUACACAUUCCCCCAUAUGCUUCUGUUUGAAAAGAAAAGACCAAACAGUAUCUUUUGCAAAACAACACAUUCAAAUUAAACCAUUUCCCCCCUUUGAUUCAUAACAAAAUACUAACUAUCACCAUAAUAUUUAAAAACGUGAAAAAUUCCAAAUUGAUAUCUAUCCAUCAAUACUCCUUUGAGUCUUGACAGAAGGUUAAACCCUCUUAUUGUUUAAUUUGCAAAACCCUUCAAAGUAUAGGUAAUAUUAUCUAUGUUAUAUUCCCAAAAUGUUACACCAUACCAUGGAAAAAGUCCCCACUUCUCUCCUAGACUUAUCCUCCAAUGGUAGGCUUCCCAGACUAUUAAACUUCUCUCUUUCAGAAUCAGAUUUAUCUCUUUCCCCGUGCUUCCCCUCUUUUAAUUUUAAAAACCUCAUAUGGAAGCUUCAACUUCAACAUCUAAUAACAUCCUAUCCAUCCAUAGGGUAAGAAUAUAUUCUUUCUCACCACAAACCCCUAAAUAUCUCUAAAAUUCCCAAUAGUCACAUUACCAUGCAAAACUUCUCUUUCCAUCAAAGUCCUUCUCUUCUUACUAAAUUCAACAUCAAAGUUACAUUAUUUUUCUCAUUACUAACCUUAUGUUCAUGCUUACCCCAAAGUCAUCAUAUAAUCAUCACCAUCUGAUAUUCCCCUAAACAUCCUCUUUCCAUCAUAUGUUUUAUUUCAACAAAAACAGCUUUUAGCCCUCACUGGUUUCACCUCCAAUGCUUCAUGAAGCGCUGUUAACUGAUUUUCCUUCCUAUCUAACAAAUUCACAUAGGUUAAUUCAUUUAACCAAUAACACUUAAACCUAGGCCUAAACAAAUGCUUCCACAACUACAUUAUUAUAUCUGUUAAUGAUUGUUGCUGAUACAACAGCCAUAAAAAAGCAUAAGAUUUACACAUACUUGAUAGAGGUUAAGCUACCUUCUCUAAGAUUCAACCCCAUGUUCCUUGUGCUGGAAUUCUCAACAGACAUGGACCCUCAAGAUUCCUCACUGAUCUUACAGAAUGAGUUAACUCCUUGAACCAAAGAUUCCUACCUGCCCAUCCAUCUUUAAUUUCCAAACAGAAGAAUCAAAUCCAUAUGCCUUCCAUUUAGUUUCUCUCUUCCCUAACGACCAGUAUUGAUCAGAUAUAUCUUCUUGCCUUCCAUUAAAAUCAAAUAACUCAUCCUGUACCUCCAUGAUAAUAUUUUCCCUAAUCUUUCCCUCUAACAUUACUCAAAAUAAGUUAGCAAUCACUCAUAACCCUCUUCCACUUCAUAUCGUUGUACAAAAUAUACUUCCUUUCACUAGGUGAAACAGCUUCUACUUCUUAUCCUCAUAACAACACUUCUUCUCCAAAAUUAUCUCUCCACUUAACUCUACAUUUCCCUCACCACUGUUCUCUCUCUCUUACUAACAUUGAAGCUGAGCUGACUGUCCUAGAGUUCCUUCAACCCUAGUUUUCAUAACUUUUUAGUCUGACUUUUCUCCUAACUUUUCAAAAACCAUUUCACAGAUUUAUCCACAAAUUCCUUUCCCUCUAAUUUUUUCAAAGACCAUUUCACUGAUUUAUCCACAAAUUCCUUUCCCACUAAUUUUAGGAUAUGUGAUCCGGAAGUCCCCACCUGCUUAUGACUUCUUUACACAAAAACUUGGCAAACGAUUGAGCAUCCUUUAGCUUAGUUUGACAUCUUAUUCCCCUCUUGGUAUAGGAAUGUAACCAAGAAUAACAGUCACCCCCUGUAAACAUUAUUUUUCAGACAGAUUGUCCACCUGCCUAUGACAUAGUCAAUCUAUUCAAACAAAUAUGGUUCCCAAAAAACCCUACUCCUUUAUAAUCUUUCUCCUAAUCUCCCCCCUUGCAACAUUAGCUAACCCCUAGCUUCCUAAAUCAUCAGACCUAAUAGGUCCAGAGGCGCUACUAUCAACCCCUCAUGGUUUCUCCCAAGAUAACAAUUGAUUGCUACUCUAAGGAUUUUUUCUUGUCUUCAAAACACCUGCUUUUGAAAGUCCUUCAGUUCCCGGUCCAAUCCCUUGGAUUGCUUCAUCUUUCAAUGGAUACUGAUUCUUCCAAGGAGGUCUGCCUCCUCGUCGAAGUUCAACUUUCACCUCCAUUGGGCUGAUUUCACAUAUCCAAUAUCAGUACUACUUUGAUAUCACAAACAUUCUUGAACUUUUUCAACAUCUCCUCUUUCAUAGAUUCUCAAUUCCUUCACACUUCAAAUAGAUUCAUGUGUCAUCCAUACAGCUUAUGACUCUCCUUGUUCUUGAGCCAAAAUCAUCAUUUUCAGAAAUCGCUGAUCUUCACUCCUCCAAAUCCCCCAAUUCUCUUCCAUCAGUACAAAAACAGCUUUCUCUGCUUCUGUCUUCAUUUCUCCUAUUUACUUCUGCUCAUAGCCUUCAGAAACCAACUAGGUUACAUGUUGCACACUCUUCUCAAUCUCCAAUUCUUUAUCCAGAUAAUCAUCUAUGUUUAUCUUCAUAGCUGCUCCUUGUGGUCCUAAAUUAUUCAACAUAAGCUGAGUUGAACUUUCUUUAGUUGAUGACUCAACCAUUCCUCUGAGUUCAAUCAGGCAGCAUUCUUGAAAUACUUCAGCUGAGUUGAAAUGGAUAUUCCAGAAGCCUCGCAUCUGGCAUAUUCUUCCUUAAAUUUCUUCCACAUCUUAGCCUGCUUCAAAAAAUCUUCACUGAGAUUUCCAAUCCAGAAUACUAUAGAUUAAUCCAUCUCUGUCAUCAUUAACAAUUGGUAAACCUUUUCCUUUGGCACUUCUACCAGACAGCCGUCUGGUGUACAUCUUAUUGUACAAUUCAACUUCCACAAUGCAUCUCUUCCCAACAAUGCAAUAGGUUUAUGUUCUGAUACCAGUAUAGGUAUUGUAAUUUUCAUAGCAGAGCUCAAUUGGUUCCUUAAGUGUAAUCAACUGUUUCACUCCCUCAAAUCCCUAUCCUAAUUAGUUGAUUUGACAUAGUGAGAUGUGUAACCUCUUCAGGCUGAACACAGAUAAAAGCCGUUCCGCUAUCCAUCAUCACUUCCAAUGGGCAGUUGUUUAUUUUCACCUCAAUUGUUGGAUAUUUUCCCCCUUAACUGGUGCUACCAGCUGACACCCCCCUUUUGCAUCUUCUAGGCACCCCUAGAAUCCUUGCUCCUUGCCCCUAUAAGGGUUCACCUGUCCUCCAGAUGAUCUUCACUUGCUCCUGUAUCUUCCUCUGAAAUUCCCUCUUGUGUUUCCUUCUGGCCCAUUACACUCACAGGCAAAGUCACCAACCUGUCCACAAUCAUAACACACUUCUAAAGAUUGCUGGAAGUAUGGCUUAAAUCUUCCUCCUCUUCCUAAGCCUUCUCGUCCUCUUCCUCUCCAAUUCUGUGUCUUUCCAGAAACUGGCUAUGAAUAUAAAACAACUUGUACCACUAGUUGUGGCUGGUACAAUUGCAUUUGACCUUGUUCAGUUGAAGCUGUAGCAGUGAUUGUUGAUUUGGUGCACACUGAUUCUUCAUAACCAAAGCUUUUCUUCUCCUUCUUAUUCUCCCCCAGUUGUAUUUCAUUAAGUUUUCUGAGAGUUUCUUGGUCCUGUUCUUUCUAGUUGUGUUCCUUCUUCCUGUACAGAUCCACUUGAUGGGCUAUAUAAUCUCCAUAGACACCUUUUGUCAUGCUUCCAAGUCCAACCACCUCUGCCAGUUUGCUCCUUACUUGUGAGGGCAGUCCCAUCUGCAAUUUAGCUCUCAAAUUUGACUUCUCAAUUUGACUCACAUCUGGAUCAUUUCCAAUAAUAUUUCUCCACACUUGAUGAACUCUUGACACAUAGGCUCUCAGAUUUUCUUGUUGACCUAGUGGGUCAAUCAGAAUGUUGUCAGAAUGCACAUUUGUUGGAAACGUAUCUUUCAGUGCUCUCCACAGCCGAUUUCUACUUGCAGCCAACAAUUCAGGGUCAUUCACUUCAGUCCCCACAUAUGUAUUAAGUCCCGCUCUCUGAAAUAUUUCUUCCAUAUCUGGAAUCCCAAGGAGAUUAGCUAAAAGUAUCUUAAUGUCUCCUAUGGCAGACUAUGUUCCCACCAUAAUUUCUUCCAAUUUUGAAAUCCAAGGAUAUGCUCCAUCUUGAAGAGUAGACAGCUUCUCAAGUAUAUCUGACAUAUCGGUAUUCUUCAAAGGCUUAUAUUCUAGGUUCUGUCCUCGAAAUAUCAUCUUGCAUCAUCUUCUUACUUGUGCUCUCUUUCCUUUCCUCAAUGUAUUAUUCUUCUCCAAUUCUUGGGAUCCUUUUCUCAGCAGUUUUUUCUUCUCUUCUGUAUCUUCAGCUUCUUGAGUUGUUCUUCCAGUUCUUACUUCUUCUAAAUUAUUCCCCUUAUCCAGGCAUGAUACGCAUCAGUCUAUAUCUCUUUCUAUUUCUUCUGUGCUAAUCAUUGUAGGAUAAAAUCCUCUUGAACAUAAAGCACCUUUCAUCUCCAAAUCUUCAUCGCUUUCUCCAUCUUCACUUUCAUCAGAGAUCGAAUCUCUAGUAUCCUUCUUCUUCCUUCAACUUCCAUCACCCCUUCUUUCCUCUCUUGCCAACUUCCUUCUGAUCACAGAGUCAUAUCCACCCAUGAUCUCUUCUCAAUCACUCUGAUCAUCAUCAUCAUCAUCUUCAAGUUCCAUCUUCCUGAAUCUCACUCCAUCCUUAGUUUCCAGACAUCUCGUUUCUUCCUACUUUUGAUUCAUCUUUAUGGUCGUUUCUGCUUCUCCUCUCUCUAUUAUUCAAUCACUUUCAUCAUGUUGAUGACGUCUUGUUUAAGAGUCCCUUCCACUGGCCAUGGUUGUUCAAUGUCAGGCCAACGUUUAUUCCCUUUCCCAGAUAACCUUGCAACACCAUUAACUAAAGGAUUACUAUUUUCUACUACAUCAACAGGAGUAAUUACUUUCAUAGUUUUUAUGUCCUUUUUCCCCCUUGUAACAACUCUUUUAUAUUCCUUUAUUGUUAAUUAUUUCAUUAUUUUAGACUAUGUAGCCUAUUGUUCCCUCUUUUUUUUUCUUCCCCAUAUUAAUUAAUUAAUCAAUUAAUUUAUUCAUCAAUUUAUUUUAUUUUAUUUUACCAAAUUAUUGAUUAGUGGCAAUCUUACCACAUCCGAUCAGGAAAGUAAAUGAAAGUAGUCACCUUAGAGCAAUCCAAAAAAUAAAGACUUCUAAUCCAGCAACACUACAGCACUCACAAACCCAUUGCUUAAUAAGCACCCAAUUACCUUAAUUUUACAGAAUAAUGUCAGUGCUCGAUUUCCCCCUCAACUCUAAUCAAACCCACUCAUGCACAAAAACUCCAAAAUGCAAUUCUUAAUUACAUCAAUUGAUCAGUCUGUUGCCAAGUCCUUGUCAAAUUGUCAUAACAUCAAAUAUGCUAGGCACCCAAAAUAUCCUCUAUGGGAAGGUACGUUUUGUGAAUAGAACAGUACUAGCCUUGAUUUGACUUGAUCCGUUGCAGCACACUCUGUCGCAUGAUGCACUCGUCAGCACUUCCUCUCUCUCUCCUCCUUUUUAUCGUCUCUCAUAUCACAGAAGAACAAAGAACAGACAAUAAUUUAGUAUUUUAUGCACUCACUGGGUAUUUCAACCAUUCAAUAUUCCUCUGUUCACAUUCGCUCUAAGAAAUAAGCAAACAACUUAACUCAGGAAUAGUAUAAAUAGCUCAAUAAUUAUUAUUUUUUUCUUCUUCUUUUUUUAAAUCCGUCAACAUAUCUCUCAUUUAUCAAUUCAAUAGAUCUCAACAAAUAGUUUCAUCGUUAAGCAACAGCCGAUUUAACAAACAGAACACUCUAUUAGUGUCUAAAUCUCCCCCUCUCUGUCUGCUCUGAGUAUGCGUCUCCCAGCAGCUCAGUGCAGGCAGAGGAGUGGCACAUUUGCUCUACGUAACUCUAAACUCAUAAAAUUACACGCAUGCGUAGUUCAUUCACCAAUGCGAUUUCAGAGUGGAGGGAGCUCUCUCCCAGCUCUCUCCAAGUCUAAACAACAGAAAGUAGACAGUCCCGCUGUACUUCCUCUCUUUCCCCUCAUAGACAAACAGUAACACUUAACAGAGCUCACAAACCAACACAAAACACCGAACACAAAUCCUACUCUCUUCUACACACACACACAUACAGUUUAAGAGGCUUAUUUCCGUUCCUAUGGACCUCUAAGCAUGCUACUACCAUCGCGCCAUUUUUUCCCCUUUGUUCCUAAAUUUAUGCUACCUCGAGUUCGCAGAAAUUCAAUGAGCGGUUACAUCAAGCAUAUACUUCGUCAACUAUAAGUUGAGCGGUAACUUGCAAUCGAAUGUAUAUACCACAACCCACAGUCCCCGGGACUGACCUAAACCCACCUAAUGUGCUUUUAGGAUUUUCGGCCCAUCCUAAUGAUCGCCUCGUUUGAGGGCUAACAUAGAUUCGCGAUGUUCUAAUUUGUAUACAUUUUCCUUAGUUCCUGGCCUUUCCUUCAUUGUAUUCUUUUUUAAUUUUAUUCAAGCAAAAUAUCCCUAUAGACACUCCCCCCUGUUUGCGUUGUUACCAGCGCAAACAAAUUUAGAAAUUUAGAACGGACUCUUAUCCCACAGCAAAUAACAGCAAAGCACACACGCAAGUUCUUAACGGUGCAUUCAUUCAACGCACACACACAGACACACGAACUAACCAGUGCCCAAAGUAGUAAGAAAACUCACCCUUUUCUGCCGGACUCUGGAGCGAGAGUCAGCUCGGCGCCCAUGAAUGGAACGCUGAGAAAAGACACUACACGACCAAUACCUCGUCGCCAUUAUGUGGUGUCGAGAAAUCUAUGCUGAGAUGCUGUGAGAACAAGAAUUCCGCUGACACUGUACUUUGAUUAUAAAGGUUUAUUGUAUCAAAGUAUUCCAGCGUCAAUUUACAGAUAUCUGCCGAUAUCUGGAGAAUAACCGGCUCCAAUCUGUAAUAUGUUAUUCUCCCCGUCCUCUGUUUUAACCGUGGUAUUUAUCCUAUGCCCUAUGUAACAUAAUAUGGGUGUUUUCCCCUACAGACCAAUCCCAGGACUCCACCUAAUAGACUUCCUCGGCUUUAGGGUGCCCCUAUAGAACUACUCUCCAAAUGCUCCCUUAAUCUUAGUCAAUAUCCUCUAAGACCAUUUGCAACCGUUAGCAAAGUCAUAAAUUCCUUAGAUACCACAAUGCAAAAGUGAUUGCUUUUGAUAAAGAUUAUUUAUCUGCCUUCCCAAUUAAAAGUAGUUAGAAAAUUCAAACAUUUAUUUUAUGGAAAAGAGAUGUAUGUUUCUGGGUGAUGCACCAUGCUGCCUUGUUGACAAAGUGACAGUGGCGCAGAUUACUGUUCAAUUUGAGAACUGUGCUCCUCCCUACCCGCUUUCGCCUGGGCCAGUGUAUAAUAACUCCAUCACAGUAGCCAGAUAGUGAGAGGUUUGUGGGUUGAUCUUGUGCCAUGUUUAGCAACAAUCAGCUGUUCAAUUUAAACUGCCUAGCAAUGAUAGUAGGGCUAGUUGAUUGCAACUUUUGUGUAACAUGAGUUAUGAUCGUAUGUAGCAGUGUGAUUGCAUUAGAAAAUUAUGCUCUGAAGAUAUGAUGGGUGAGGGUGACCUAUAUUGACAUAGGCCCCCUCCCCCACUCUCUCCCCCUCUCUCUUGUUGUAGAAAGCAAUAAUUGAUCAUCACAUUUUUUCCCUAGAUGAUGCAACUGAGCCUUUUGGAGAACAGGCUGAGGUGACCAUGCGCACCAACUUUUUGGGGCACGCUGGGUGUGGGUGUGCCAUGCUCUCCUACCCCUCCUCAGACCAAAUGCCAGAGUGGUGAAUGUCUCCAGCUUUGUUAGCAAGAAGGCUCUUGAUACAUGCAGCCCUCAACUACAAGCCAAGUAUGACCUUCAUUCUGUAUUGAAAGCCCCAUUCAUGCUUAACUUCAUUCUGAAUUGUAAUCUAUUGGGGGAGAAAUAUACACUAUCAUUAUACAUCUGUCUAGCCGCAAACCUGACCAACUUGAAUGAAAGCCAGAUUCAUCCCUUCAAUAGCAGCUGUUGCAUUAGCAGAUAUGAAGAACAUUGUACUUAAGGCCACAACAGCAACAUUUGAAAAUCAAAUCAGUUUAUUAUGUCAGUUGCAAUUUUUGUCCACACAAAUGCUACUACAGAUCAUACACAACAUUUUCAAAUUAAACCAUUACUGUGAUCAUCACAUGCAGUCAUAAACCACUGUAUUACAAGGUCUUUUUUCUGUUAUGUCUUGAAGGUUCCGUGAUACUGAGCUCUCUGAGGAGGAGCUGUGCUUGCUGAUGGGGGAGUUUGUUAUUGCCGCUCAGCAGGGAAACCAUCAGGCCAAU